AUGUCCGGUAUCGGAUCCGAGGCAGAAAGAAGGCACAUGGAGACUGAGGAUUUGAGUCCACAAGUCCUGACAUGUAGUCUGCAAGAGGGAAAAAAUGAUGUACCAGAAGUCGGAGUUGAUGUUUUAAUUGAGGAGAUGGCGAUGCGUCCAUACACAGAUUCAUACAAGGUCCGUUACGAAGGCCAAACUAUUCAGAUGACUUCCUUAGACUGGCGCAAUAACUGGCUUUUGAUAGCACAAAUCGCUGUGGGAUGGUGUAUCUUCAUUUUGUUUGGACUUGGAGAGCAAACACUUGGAACCAUUAUCCCUCGUUUGCAAAAGCACUAUGGCAUCAAUGACUUGAAAACUGCAUUGGUGUUUCUUUCAGCAACUUCUGGAUACUUUCUGAUGGCCAUGUUGUCAGAAAUUUGCCAUAUAAAGAUUGGUUACAGAGGUGUAGGUAUUAUGGGCACAGGGUGUAUGGUUGUUGGAUAUGUGAUUGCAGGUACUGGUCCACCUUUUGGUGCUUUCAUAGCGGCAUACUUCUUCGUUGGAAUUGGAUUUGGUAGUAUGGGUGCCUCAUUUAAUGGAUAUCUUGGCAACCUUAUAAACAGUGCCCCAUUACUAGGCAUCCUUCAUGGGUGCUAUGGAAUUGGUUGUAUCACCACGCCUCCACUUGUGACAGCGCUCAUUAACAAAAAGACUAAUCCAUGGAGCGUCUUCCAUUAUUACUUCGUCUUGGCGGGAGUGUCUGGAUUCUUAUCAACUAGUGUGGCCUUGAUUUUCAGACACGAGACUGCCACGAAGUACAGACUAACCGUUUUGCUAAACGAGGCGCGCCGCAGAGUUCAGGAAGCAAAUCUCAAGUGCGAAUCGACAGAAAGUAUCGAAGCUCAAUAUCCCGUUGAUGACUAUGCAGACAAGAGCAAUGAGCUUGACUGUCGUGAAGAUGUCGCUCCUUCAAACAGCAAUGAACCUCUUGUUGAGCCAGAGAAAAACACAUCGGCUUUGAAAUCAAAACUAGUGUGGUCGAUUUCAAUUAUUAUUUUUGUGUAUGUGAGUGGUGAGGCCGCUUUCGGAGCCUGGUUGGUUUCCUUCUGUCUCAAAAUCAAGCAUCUACCAUACCAAUAUUCCUCAUACAUGGCUGCAACAUUCUGGGCGGGGCUUACUACUGGCAGAAUGGGACUUGGUUUCGCGACAGAAUUUUGGUUCAAGGAUGCGAUUUUAGCCAACACCAUUUAUAUUGCCGGUUCUCUUCUCGGAUUUACGGUUUUUAGCAUUGCAGCUCUUUUCAAUGUCUCUGCAAUUUUAUUCCCUAUUGUGUUUUUUCUGGGUUUUUUUGUCGGCCCAGUAUAUCCUACAACUAUCGUGGCAAUUGUCAACAUUUUGCCAGUGAAACUCCAUGCCAGCGGUAUUGGUUUCAUUUGCGCCUUUGGUGGAGGAGGUGGUGCGGCGGCCCCCUUCUUGAUUGGUCUUGUUGCGAGCUCAAGCGAACAAGGCCUCAGAUUCUAUCCCAUGAUAGUGACAAUACUCUAUGCUAUAUUAAUUGUCAUGUGGGCCAUCUUGGUUAUUUACACCAAACGAAUGAAGCGUAAGCAAGGAAGCACUUAA